AUGAGGUUGGAGUGGUCCUUGCCUCUCCUGGGCCUGCUGCUGUGUGUGGUUGGCACCACAGCUCAGCAGGACGAUACCGAAGCACAGGGGGAAUUCCUGGUGGAGAUUUCCGGAACGACGGUGACAAUCACAUGUCCAUUAACUGAAGGCAGCAUAGCCUGGGAGUUAACUGGGACAAAACUAGCCAGCAGUGAGACGAAGUAUGUUAUAGAGAAUCACGACAGCUCUCCUGCCAAUGUGAGUUGUUCGUCAGGUGGUAAGAAGUAUGAACUGUACCUGAAUGCCAGAGUGUGCACAAACUGCGAGGAGCUGGAUGCCUUGGCAGUGACGGGGAUCAUCACUGCCGAUCUUCUCAUCACCUUAGGGGUGCUGAUUCUGGUCUAUUACUUCAGCAAAGACCGGAAAGGGAGAGCGAGUGCUGGUGCUGGCAGUCGGCCACGAGGUCAGAAGAUGCAGCGUCCUCCCCCUGUUCCAAACCCGGACUAUGAGCCCAUCCGGAAAGGCCAACGGGAAGUGUAUGCAGGCCUGGAAUCCAGGGGCUUCUGA